AUGGAAAGUAGAACAAUUCUUGAUGCUCAGAUAAGCGCAUCUUCACAAAUGGAUAGCAACCAUUCUGCAUCACAUGCAAGGCUGCAUUUGCGAGCAGAUGGAAGUACAUUUGGCGGCUGGUCUGCUCUCACAAAUGAUGGCAACCAGUGGCUUCAGGUGGAUUUCAGUAGCUACACGCUAGUUACACAGAUAGCGACCCAAGGGGAGAAUGGCUACAACAACUGGGUGACCAAAUACAAGUUAAAGUAUAGUGAUGAUGGUACUACCUUCCAGUUUUACAAAGACGUCGGAGGUACAUCUCCAAAGGUACUCAGCGAUCAGUAUCAAAUUUCUCCUUGUAAUGUCAAUGCUUUGUAAAACAGAGUGUUCAUGAGAAUUACGGCCAUGAUCUCAUAAGAUGAAUUUGCUUGAUAUUUAAUCAAACUUCUCCCCACUACUUCUGUGGGAAAUGAAUAGGGGCAACAAAUGAGAAUUCCAAUAAGUGUUUAAAGGGUUAACAAACCUCAAGGUGUAGUCCAUCCCAUCCCUUCAGACCUCCACCCUGAGUCAGACUCUAUAGACUGUUACCGUCCUUAACCCAUUCGCUCCUGAGCCGCCAGUAACCGCCCGUGCGGAUCCACGUCCUUUCUACCGCUUGUGAUGUCAUCAGUUUUGAUGGUCGAGGACAACUUUUUCCGCUAAUUUAAGCAGAGUGAAAAGAUCUUUCAAACCAUACCAGAAUGAGCACAAUUCGGUCAAGGACACCUGAGAAAAAGUCAAAAAACCAUGUAAGAUUGACCUGAAAAUUUCCAUGAAAAUCUUCCUCCACUACCCACCUACCUUCCCUUUCAUCUAAUCCUAAGAUCCUAAAAGCUUUCCUAAAAACGUUUCCCUCGAAAAUGAAGCCUACUAAAUGCCCAGCAAGAGAAAACAAAAAUGAGACGAGAAAAGCGAAAAAAGAGGUGGGGAGAGAAAGCGAAAAGUAAAAGUCAAGACUGCUGUGUCGCUUUUAAACCCAAGAACCCGAAAUUUUUGCUUUCUGCGCAUGACGAGCUUCGCAAACUAAAAUUGUGCAUCUGGAUCAGAAGACCGCAAAGUGUACGACCUCUACACGGCUUUGUGGUAAGUUUUAGCUCUUUAUAGCACAACACUGACCAGAAAACCGCUCGACUAGCCUCAAAACGCGUUUUUCGGCAAAAUCUCCGGGGGCGAAUGGGUUAAAGGUCAAAUGAACCAAAAAAUUGACAUAUUUUCUUUUGUCGCUUUACCUUCACCAAACACUAAAGAGAACCAUCCUAAGUGAGAUUUGAGUAAAUAUUUUUCUUCCCAAGCCUUUAUAGAAAGAUAAAAGAUCAAAAUCCGAGCAUUUCCGAAGACUUCACGAAAACGUUUCUAAAAUGGCCGCGUGAUAGACUGGAGACUACGUGAUGUCCAUGACGUCAAUGUUGGUCUUUCAGGGCGGAAAAACGUUCUGCGCAAGCUUCUGCGCAUCGCUUAUCGCCUGCGUUCGUUUGUCUCGUUCUGUGAGAGUUCUGACCGAGACUGAAUGAAUUACACGAGGUGCGAACAUUUGCUCGUUGUAAAGGCUUUUUUUUUUGUUUUUGUUGUUUUUUCGUCACUUGAAAAUUACUUUGGAUUCAGAACAACCAAUGUUAGAGUAAAAACAGACCAUCCGUCGGUCUGAGGAGGAAUAAAACGUUUUGAACAUUUCCAAAGAGGUUUGUAUUUUCCUGAUAAUCGUGCAUUCGAUUUGUGAAUAAAUUUUGUGUCCAGUUCUUCGCCUUCUUUCGCCGGACUGAAUUAAAACCCGCUUGUAUUCUGUCAUUAGUAGUUACGGUUAGUUUUUUUACAUGCCCAGAUUUAUUUAUUUACCUUUGCAGAACCAGCUUUAUCCUUGUCUUCGGUCGCAGAACCGUAAUACUAACGUUUGCGAGUGAACAACUUGAGCGCUUAAAACUUCCUCGGAACUUUAGAAGGCCAGCAAGCUUUUCUGUUGCUCAAGUAAUAAUAGUCAGAGUUUUUUUCCUUUAGUUUUUUCAGUUUUAAUUACAUAGUUUUGUUAUCUUUCUGUACGCAAAUUUUCCUUUCACUCGCUGUGAAGUAGCGGAGAACGACAACUGCCGGCAGUGACUCCUAAACAAUCGACUGGAGCUGGAUUUGACUGAAGCCGGCAAAACAAAUCCUUAUGUGCAGUUUUCUGUGUUUUCUAAUGAUUCAGUUUGCUGAGUUUAAUUUGCUUAAAUGAAGACUCUCGCAUGGACCAGUUCUUACUCAAAAAAAGUAGCUAAUCUAGCUAAGUAGUCGGAAUCAUGGCUUAGCUGCGAAGCUUGCAACUGAUCUUUUGGUUUUAAGAUCUUUAGGUAGGUUGUUUCCGCACAGAAAAUUCACUACUUCUUUGUCAGCAGGUAUAAGAGCCUUAAGCCUUAUGUUUUUUUAUGACAAUUUAUUGUUUGCAACCUUAUUGACGCUUUUUUAGUUCAUUUAAGGUGAAUUUUAUGCAUGACGGAAUUGUUCUUUGCUUGUCGCAUCUCUUUGCCUGCUUAAAGUGGCGUCUAUGGUCCUUAAAGUGACCUCAAUCGGUAAUUAAGUCUUAUACAUAAUUGGAAAGAAGUUUUUUCAAUAAUGUAACUUUAACUUUGUUUGAGGGAAAUCUUCCUUACGCAUAGGUUUUUGACAGGUGUUAUGCAUGUUCAACUUGACAACACUAAGCAAAAUUAAUCUGCGCGAAACGAUCAAGUUUAAAAAACUAUGGUUGCUUUGAAACCGAUCUUAGGGAAGAUUUACUAGAUAAGGAUUAACUCUUUUUCUGCCCACAUAUCAAGGCCAAAACUUCUCCAUUGAGGAUUCUGUUUAUAUUUUAGUGAUCUGCGAAGCUAGAAGUGUCCGAUCAAGCGUGGGUUUUAAAAUAUCAGCUCGAGUGCUACAAAGUUCAGUGCCUUCAAACACAUUGUGGGCAAACUUGAAUUUCUUUGGGCAGAUUAUUAUACAAAGAUAUAUUGUUGUUGUGUCCACGGUGGAGCUCUGGACCAUAUAUACCCAGGAACUUCCAUAUAUAUAUAUAUAUAUAUAUAUAUGAACACAUUUUGGUAAUGCAUCUUGAAAAAAAUCGGACUUACGACGCACAUUUCCAGUACAACUAAAGGAAAUUAGUAAAUGUAGUUAAAGUUCGUUUUACUAUGAUGUAUCCUUCGAGAAAAUUAAAUAAUAAGAAGGUUAUAACCACAGCUUGCAACUUUUGAAGACAAACUGCCUGCUCUUUCCAGGUUUAUGGCCGCACAAACCACUUCUGCGCCAAGUCGACUCGAAAAACCGCAGAUGUUCGUAUUAGGCGGGUGUACGUUAAGCGGGGUGCGACUAUAUAUUAAUUUAAUAUUUUUCGGUUGGAUCGCUAAUUUACAGUCACCAUUUUCACAUAGACCAUAAUGCAUCUUGUUUACCCCACAAAGUUUUGCAUAACCAUUGUUUCCAUUUUCUCCUGGUUAUUACAGUUGUCCCAAAGAAAUCGAAGACAAUGGUUAUGCAAAAUUUUUGGGUGUAAACAAGGUGCAUUAUGGCCUAUGUGAAAAUGGUGACUUGAGACUGAGUAUCUUAUGAAGAAUUAUGGAGAUCGAGGAGGGUGUUAACACCUCCUUUUGGAUCGGUGUUGAGGCAAAAUGUACUUAAAUUAUUUCCCUCUCAUCCAACAAAUCCUUAGUGGUCUAGUGGUUAGCGUGGUGUACUGGUUCUUCUGAUCUUGAGUUCGAAUCCUGCUGCCCAUCAUUAAAAAAUUUUUUUCUUUCAAAUUGAAGAGACUUGCACUUUCAUGAACAUUUCCAGCUUAAAAUAUCAUCUAAGUGUGAUAUAAAAGCAGAAAACAGUUCUUCCUUGUGUAAAUUUCGUAAGGGGAGAAAGGGGCUACGUCAUCGGUUGAUUAAUCGCAAAAUUCUUCCAAAUUCGGUCAUCAGUAGCUGGUUAUGGUGAAUUAUGCUUGUGCUUUUAGCAAAUCAGAAUCAGGGAAAUGUUUUGAAUGAUUAAUAAUCAUUUUGAAGUCGAUCUCCAGGAAUAAUUAUUAAAACACAGCUUUAUCGUAUUUUUCAGGUGUUCAGUGGAAACACAGAUAGUGAAACGGUUGUGUACAGCAAACUUCCAUCGUCGAUCAAGACACGCUUCAUUCGUCUUUUGCCAACGCAGUGGAGAAAUCAGAUUUCAAUGAGGAUUGAAGUUUACGGUUGUCCA